ACUCCAUCCCCUCAUCUUCCCUUCGAUUUAAUCCCCUCGCCUCGAUCGGAGGCAGUUCAGUCGCUGUUUGUCGCCUUUGCCAUGAAGGCCUGCUGAUCCAUCCACCCCGCGAUGUUUUCGGCUUACCGUGGCCUUGUGGCCCCCUUACUGUCCAUCUAUAUCGCCGCCCUCGUCCUGCUCACUCCGGCCAACGCCUACCAGACCAUCUCCGAUGCGACUCUCGAAUCCCUCCCCCGUCCCAAUGAGGACUUUGACAUCCAUACCGGGGCCAUUCUGUCCCCAAUCUUAAGGACCCGUGUUUCUGGCACCCCCGGGUCGACAGCGGUUCUGAACCACUUCACCGACUUCUUCCGGACCUCGCUCCCCGACUGGAAGAUCGACUUUCAAAACUCCACAUCCAAGACCCCCGUGUCAAAUGGGAAAGAGAUUCCGUUUGUCAACUUCAUCGCUUCCCGCGACCCUCCGUGGGCGGCCGCCGGUGACGUCGGGAGACUUACACUGGUCGCCCAUUACGACAGUAAAUACCACCCGGAGGGAUUCAUCGGGGCCAUUGACAGCGCAGCCCCAUGCGCAAUGAUCAUGCAUACUAUGCGAAGCAUUGACGCGGCUCUGACUAAGAAAUGGGAGGACAUGCAGGCACAGGGGCAAACAAACCCCCUGGAUGAGCAGAAGGGCAUCCAGGUCUUCUUCUUGGACGGCGAGGAGGCGUUCAAGGUUUGGUCGGACACCGAUUCCCUCUAUGGUGCCCGAUCUCUCGCGGAGCAGUGGGAUUCGGAAGUCAACCCAGCCAUGUCCGUCUAUAAGACCCCUCUUUCUUCGAUUUCUCUGUUUGUCCUCCUGGAUCUGCUGGGCUCUAAAAAUCCCACGAUCCAGUCCUUCUUUCCCACGACGCACUGGGCCUACCAGAAGCUGGCAGCACUUGAGCGCCGUCUGCGCCGUCUCAAGCAGUUCAAGUCUUCCGGUGACUCCGGCGAUGCCUCCUCCCGGGCAUGGUUUCCGCAUGCUUCGAAAAAUGAGCAUGAAAUCCCUCAUUACGCCAGCAUUCAAGAUGAUCAUAUUCCUUUCAUGAAGCGCGGGGUGGAGAUCCUCCAUGUCAUCGAUGCGGGGCCUCACGGAUUUCCAGCGGUCUGGCACCGCAUAGAGGAUGACGGCGAACAUCUGGACAUGGAUACGGUGGAAGACUGGAGCUUGUUGUUUACUGCGUUCGCUGCGGAGUGGAUGGAGCUGGAAGGGUUCAUGCCCGGAGCCGAAAAGACCCAUGACAAGAACAAGCGCUCCGACAGCUAUCAGGCCAAAACAGAAUUGUAAGCAUUGUCUGAAUCUACUGAAUUGAAUGUGUUUUGGGUUAUGGCUCUAUAUGCAUCGUUAUUGGCUAUUCUCUAC